CCCUUGGUUGGUGAUCGGUCCCAACUCCACACUUCUUCGCUCUUUUGCACGGCCACGGUCCACGGUCCACCACGACGCUUGCUCCACAGCUACCCGAGUCAUUCGUUGCCCGCCGCGACCACGUCCAGCAUGCUCGUCGCAGCGCUGCUCGCCGCCACCGCGACACUCGCCACCGCCCAAGGCAUCGCCGACGCCCAAUUAUACGGCACCUGGUCCUCCAAGUCGAACAAGACGCUGACGGGUCCGGGCUUCUACGAUCCCGUCAACGACAAGAUCAUCGAGCCCGCCCUGCCGGGAAUCUCGUACUCCUUCACCUCCGACGGCCACUACGAAGAGGCGCACUACCGCGCGCUCGCGAACCCCGUGGACCCGGCCUGCCCAAAGGGCUUGAUACAAUGGCAGCACGGGACGUUUGAGAAGACGGCCGCGGGCGAGCUGAAGCUCUCGCCCAUCGCCGACGACGGGCGCCAGCUGCUCUCGGACCCGUGCAAGUUCGACGCCGGCGUCUACACGCGCUACAGCAAGAACGAGACCUUCAAGAGCUACACCAUCGCCCCCGACGCCUUCCACGACCUCCCCCGCCUCGACCUCCACAAAGCCGACGGCGCGCCCCUCAUCCCGCUCUACCUCGCCUUCUCGCCCGCGCAGAUGCUGCCCACGACGACGCUGAACCCGACAGCCAAAGCCACGGGCGCGGCCAAGCUCAAGCGCAGUGCCGAGGAGGCGCUGGCGCCGCUGAAGCGCCGCCUCGCGCAGAAGCCGCAGCAUAUUGAUGCGGAUCGGUGGUGGUGGUUUGGGGUCGGCAUGACGGGCGUGGGGAGUCUGCUUUAUUUCUGUUUUUAGGCGGGUGGGCGCGUGUUAGAGUGGGUUUUGUGGUAAUGCCGGGAUGGGUGUGUGCGAGGGCGAGGGCAAAGGCCGAGACGCGAUGAGUGGUUAGGGAGGCGCUGCGUCGGGUUAUGGCACUGCAUGCAGGCAUGGUUAAGAGAGUAUACCUACCUACCUACCUACGCACACGCCCAGCACCGGCCCCACAGCCACAACCACAGGCACAGACAAAGGCGCAAACACAGACAGUCCGGCGCGCGCUGUGCUAGCUAGCUAGGUAAGGCGGGAAGGAAGUAGGUUCUGCUCGCGCGUCUUCGAAAUGUAAGAACAUCCCUAGUUAUCCCAUUCCAUUCUGUCCCAUGCC